CCGCCGAACAGUCGACAAUCGACGACCGAACGCGAUCGAAGCUGACGGGCUCCGGUAGCAGUCGUAAAACCCCCAUCGCAGUGUGCUGUGUGUGCGACCGUGCACGCGUUUUUCGGCGCCGAAACGACUACGCGGUAAUGUGACUUCCUCCUCCGCCACCCCCGAGUGUUUUUUUUUGUUUUUUUUUCUUUACUGUUUUUAUUAUUAUCGCUGCCGUUGAGUUUUUGACGUUGGGAUAUUUGUUGAUAUAUUGUGUGUUGUUUAUCGUUUCCCCGGACUAUUUGGUGUUUGAUGUUUUUUUGGCCGUCCUGUCGUCGUCCGAACCGCCGAAGACAACCAGUCAUAUCGGAGAGGCAUUCGUCUAGCGCGACCGUAACCGUCCACGCUGCAUUCCACCUCUGAUGACCGUAGAGCCGACUCCGGAGGCCACCACAACACGAACACGCGUCCAGCGAUGACUAUGGCCGAGACAGCUCUGGAGUCCACAGCGCCCCCGCACGACAAGGCCAACAAUAACCACCCGUUGGUCGUGAAUCACAACCAUCGGCCCGCGGCCAAGCAACGCAAGCGGAAGCGGCUCAGUCAGGUACUGGACAAGCUGACCGGCGCUGCCGGACAAUCAGAAGAAGAGGAACCGUCCACCAACAACAACCUCUACAAUAACAACAAAGGCGACGCGGACAUCGGCGGGGCGGGGUUGAAGAAGAAGCACUACCCUGGUGACGUGUUCAAAUUCGAACCGCCAGAGAAGUUGAAAUCUGCCAGCGAGGACGACGACGUAUUCAGUCCUGCUAGUUCGAGCAAUAAGUCGCCGCACAGCUCGACCGAAUCGCCGAGGAUCAGUUUUAGCCCAUUAAGAAUCAAAGAGGACGACGCUAGUUCGUCGCCGCCGCUUUUUCAACGACCGCCGGCAUGUCCGUGCUACCAGUGCGUCACGGGGGUCGGCCACCAUCCCCCGCCGCUUCACCCUUACGACAGGUUUUUUCCCGCGUCGCCGAUAUCGCCGUUGACUCCCGCGUCGCCGGCUCCGUCGUAUAGUUUCGAACGUUAUCUCCACUCAAAGUACCUGCCAGAUAUAUUCAGACGAAGGAGCCACUCCGAUUCCGAUUUGCCCUUAUGGUUGGAGUCGGCGAAAGGGGACAAGGGUCGCCCGAACCCGCCUCACCCAUUCGCUAUAUCACCCGCCGGCAACAACGCCGACGCGGAGAUUUCAACCCCGCAGGAGUUCCCUUUGGACUUGUCGAUGAAAGGCAUCAAAGCCAGGGAAAGGAUGGCCAGUUUGGAGUGUCUGAUACCGACACCGCUGCAGCUGCUUCCUCCUGGCUUUUUACCGCCCAGGGGGGCGGUAUCGGUGCCCGUCGUUAAAGGAGACGUCGCUUCGCCGACUACUAAAGAGUCGGUAGCUUCGAGGUACAAUUUGGAAGUGUCUCCCGUGGUGGAAGAGAUGCCGCCCGGUUCGGACGUAGCAUUCGUGUGUCCAGUCUGCGGUCAGAUGUUUAGCUUGCACGACCGGUUAGCGAAGCACAUGGCGUCGAGACACAAGAGUCGGCAAAACUCGGGCGAGACCACCGCCAAGGCGUACCUCUGCGAGGUGUGCAAGAGGUCGUUCGCGAGGAGCGACAUGCUCACGAGACACAUGAGGCUGCACACAGGGGUGAAGCCGUACACUUGCCGGGUAUGCGGACAAGUCUUUUCGCGUUCCGAUCAUCUAUCGACGCACCAGAGGACCCACACGGGCGAAAAGCCUUACAAAUGUCCGCAGUGUCCAUACGCUGCUUGCAGGAGAGACAUGAUCACCCGUCACAUGAGGACUCACACGCGUUACGAACCAGAAUCCCUCAAUAGUCAGCCCGUUGUUAAGACUGAAGCACACUGAUUCGACCCGACGCGAAACGUUGUGAUAAAUUUCGAUUUUUUAUUUCGGUUUAAAUAGUACAGGGUGUUGAACAAACGUGUCUCGAUGUUGAAUGAAAUGUAUACACUAAGAAACCGCUCGUUUCGCAGGAUUUUCGUACUUAGAGGUGAUGCUCCAAGUAACCUUUCAUCCAGAAACCUUAUUCGCCUUCUCUGAGAAGAAGGAGAUAUUUGUGGAACCUUCAGCCUUAUAUCCUUUUACAGAAAAGAAAAAUACCUCAUUGUCUUUUACACAUCAGUAUCCUCAAUCGUACAAGAGGGAAGUCGUUGAAACAAGAGUAGAAGAAGACAUCUUCUUAAUAUGGUGUGCCUUUCCGGUUCAAUCUUCAGUUUUGAAUUUUGUAGUCGACAAGAUUGUGGUUAAGUUGUCUGGGUCUAAUGAAAUCGAAAUUUCAUUGAUUGCGUUCAAAAGUAUCACUUCUAAGUUGGACGAGAGGUUUUUGGAACACGUACUUAUAGCUCGAGCUUAUCUCGCGUGUUUCUCCUCGGUGAGGUCCCAAGUGAGUGUCUCAUUCUGCCUUAUGAUGAUAUGAGCAACGGCGGUCGACUGAGGUGAAACACAUUGAAGAAACCGCGCAAGUACGUAAAGACGAUUGGCGGGGAAUUCAGUUGCGGCAAAUAACUAUCUAAAAAAAAUCAGUGUUCUAUGUCAUGGAUGUCAAUUGUCUUUUUUCCCUUAUUCGGGCCGAAAUUGUCGCGAAUCUAGUCUUCCUCUCCUUUUUUCGCCCUCAUUCCGGUAGUGGGGGUACAGAAGAAUUUACGCACCCCCCAACUCGUGACGUAACAAGGAUAACACGAUUUAGAUACGAAUACACUGUGAUAUUUGUAUGUACGUACGGUCGAUACGAUCAAAUGAAACUCUAGAGGGACUAGCUAGUACUUCAGUUGUCUAUUUUUGAUAUUACAAAAAAAAUAAUGUGAUUUUUGACUUGUUUGAACGCUAUUAAGUUUUUUGUUAGAGUGUUGCGAUGCACAGGGUGGCGCGUUUAUCUUUGGGCCACUUGCCUCGUCGCAGAAAGUGUAAUAAUAGAGUUGCAUGAUAUGCAGUAUUGUUCUGUGAAAACCACGAGUUCUCUUUUUCUCUCUAUUUAACCUGUGACCACAGUUGAACUAAGCCAAAUCGUCUCGUUAACUUUUUUGAGAUUAUGGAAAAAUAAUAAAUAACAACAUAACAACCAUGAUAUGAUAGACUAUAUUAUUUAAGUUUGACGACUGCAUAAACUUUUUGUAAAAUAAAAAUGCGCAAGAAAUAUGACAAUAAAAAAUUUAGCUCUUGGUUUUUACGAAAUGCCGUUUAAAAUAUAAAAUAUUUAAAAAAUAUUAGGCUUUCUGAGAUUGGGUUUGUUUCACUAGGGUCGAUUAGCUCGGAAAUCAGCGUGCGGCAAGCGUUUGUAAGGUGAUCAUUUUGUUUCGGUAUAUUUUCAAAGCGUAAGGAAGUUGGUGACGUCAGUACGGACCCUCGUGAAAUGAACUUGUAGUGUUCACAGAUACGCGGACCAACCAAUAUAAAAAAAUAAUAAUGCGAGUUGUUGUGUUGAAUUGGCAAAGUUUAAUUAUCGUCAUCGAGUGCCACGGCAGUUGUUGUUACCCUGUUCCUACGAAUCGAAUGUUUUCUCGAAGAAAAUUUGUGCCACUCGUACGGGGUCAGUUCGCGCUCAAAACCGCAUACAUUUCGGACGCCCCGUACACCCAUACGUUAACUUAUUGUAAAUUUAUUGUAUUUAUUAAGUGAAAGUCUUCGACAGAAACGGCCGUUACACGGUUUUUAUUUUUUAAGUUUUUGUAUUUAUUUUUCCCUGUCUACCUUUUUUUCCUCCUUUUUAUUAAACAAAAAAAAAGGGCCGCGACCGCGGCGCCGUGUACAAAGCAUAGAUACUUAAUUUAAUUUGUUACUUUUUUUUGUAUUUCCUUUGGUUUUUUCGCCACGAUUUUCCGAAAAUAAACUUUUUGAUUUUUACGGUUUUUUUUUGUUUCUGUUCCGUUGCCUCUUUCGCAAAUCGGUGCCCGGCUGUUAGACACACACGCAGACACAAAUGGAAAACCUUUUACCGUAAACGUUGUGCCUUUUUCGUAAAUUGUAUUGAGAAAAUUUACACACACCUUUACUUGCUUUUAGGCCUAAACUUUUUCCGAGAGUGAGUGUAUUAUCUUGCGGCGGAAUUUUUAUAUAACGUCCCGCCCGACGGGACGUCCGUUAACGCGGAAAUAAAGUUUUAUG